UAUUUCCGUUGAGUUAAAGACUAUCAAUAAUACGACAGACCUCCGGUUACUAGUCUAGCUCUAGUCUAUUUGUCGUUGAAGACAUAUUAUAUUUCUUAAAUAUGCGUAAAUGUUUAUAAUCUUAGUAUUAACGUAAAUAUCUGUAUUAAAAUGAAUCAAGAGGCAAAUCAGGACAGCGAUAAGUCCCCAGACCAUUGGUUCAGUAAUUUUGAAGACGAAUGUCUUGACGAAUUAGAAAGUCAAGGUAGAGUGGAACCUAGACUUCAGUCCGCUGAAGAACAUACAGCGCAACAGCUUUGGCUGGGUUUUCAGCAUACGUCCACAGCAAUAGCACAGUUAUAUAAUUAUAAAGAUACUGCCCAUGAUGGAUAUGUUUUAAUGGUUCCAUUUAAUAAAGCUGCAGAAUCCCUUACUAAAUUGUAUAAAGAUAGUCUUACAAAUGCACGUGAGUGCCUACGUCUUGGAGUUCAGUGUGGAAGAAGUAGUCGUGCUAGAGACAUUGCUGCCUGGGUUAGGAAGAAAAGGAGAUGCAUAAAACGAGAAGAAUUAUUGGCAUAUUUGUGUGGUAAAAGUUUACCCCCUCACCAUGCACACCAUCAUAGGAAUAGACAAAACAGAAGCUUGGAGAGACAGUUGCCUCGUCGAACUUCUCAUCCAACAGAUAACAUUGAUUCAACGGACUAUCCAGUUAUGGAAGCCUUCUCGUUGCAGGGUCUGAAUGGUGCAAUGUCAAAUAUCAAUAUGGGAUACAACAGGCCCAGUUCAACUACAUCUUGUUCAUACUCAAGGCCACAAGCUGUUGAUGAACUUUACUUUCAUGAUGAACGAGCUCGUUCAGAAAAUAGAAAACGUAGCACUUCUUCUUCAACCAUGGAUGUCAACAUGGAAUCACCAUCAAGAAAACGUGGUAAAUUCCUUUAAUGGAUUUUUACCAUUCCUUCUUAUUUUGUCAAGUUCAAUUUCUCAGUGGGCUGUUUCAAACCUAAUUGCACAAGGACAUGAAGUAGAAUGAAAUGUUUAGAAAUGAGCGGAAUAAAAUGCAGUGCCAUUAUUAUGUGUAAACAAAGGUCACCAUUUUAAGGGUUCUUUUUCUUUUCUGAGUUUAUAAGUAGUACCUAAACAAAAAAAGUAAGAACAAAAGGUUUUCAAAUAGAUAACAUAUUUAUAUUAAAGAAUUUUGUUCUAGUUAAUUUUUAAUUAUUUUUUUUUAUUUUUUUUUUUCAGUUUUUUCUUUUUAAUUAUUUUUUAGACUUUGUCUGCAACCACUAAAUAAUUGCAAAACAAAACAAUUUAGCUGUCAAGAUUCUGAAAAUUAAAAUAUUUUAAAGCCUAUCUUAAUAAUUUGUACACAAAAAUCUUACUAAUUCUCUUCAUUGCUUUGGUCUGGACAUUAAAGGUUUUAUUGUAUGUGUAUUGGAAUUGUAUCAGUCAAAUGAUAUUGUUUCUGAGGUAAACUUCAUUGGUACAGAACAUUUUGAUGAAGAUAAUACUAAUCAAAUUAAAAAAGCAACAUUUUCCAAUUUAAAUUUUUCUGAACUCUAUCUAUAAUGAAUGUAAAAGGUAACAUUUUUAGAAGGUUCAUUGAUCUUACUUGUUGUAUUUAGGAACAUAGUUUUAAUAAUACCAACAGAUUUUUUUUUUUUUUAAUAAUAAUUUUUAUCUUUUCAUUUCUUUUUGGGGUAAAUUUUAUUUUUAUCAGGUGGUUCACAUGUUUCUUUUGAAGGGAUUUUAAGUGGAUGUAGUUCUUUAAUGAAGAAAAGUGGAAAUAUCAACACAGCUUUAGGCAUAAACAAACAACAACCCAUAGAUAAAGCUGUCAAUACCUAACCCUUUGCAUCAAAAUAUUCUAUUUUGAGACUAAACAAAAUGUAAUUAUUGAAAUGUUUAUGACGUAUAUGUAAAUGGUAUAUGUAUAUAACGUGUAAACAAACAUAAGAUUGAACAGUACGAUUACAACUGUAUCUACAUAUGAUGAAUUGUUAAAACUUUUUGAGUGGCCAUUAUUUGAACUUGUAUAUCAUUUUAUGGUCAUAUAUUUAAUAGAUAAAAUACAUUGUUCUUUUUAUAAAGCUUUAGUUUAUUUUAUUGCGUUUCUGAUAGAACCUGAAGUUGUACAAAACAUAAUUUUGUAAAGCUUUUUUUUUUUUUUUUUUAAAGUGUUUUGUUACAACUUAAAAAAUAAGCUUUUGAGAUUUGAUAAAAAUUUUCAACAUAAGAGUUUGCUAGCAAAAAUGACAAUGAAAGAAAUAUCUUUUAAAAAAAUUUGUUUAACUUCAUUGCAUGAUCAAUGCACAUCUAUUAGAUAGCAGGCAAGGCCAUAUACUGUAUUUAUUUAGUAACGUUUCCACAUAUUUAAAACUCAAGCUAUAAGAGUUGUAACCCUUCCUCAUUGAAACUAUGCUAAUCAUUUCUUCACUGGAAUGCCUAUAAUUAAAUCUUGUUCUCAUUUAAGUGCAUGGGGUUGUAGUGAGCAUACAUUUCUAUGAGAGAUGAUUGGGCUGUGAGUAGAUGAAAAAAUGCAUUGCUCAACAGGAUCGAUAUGCUGUCAAUGAAUUGUAUGAAUGGUGUAAUUGUUUUAGUAAGUAUUUUUAGUGGCUGCCAACAACCUUAGUAACUACAAGGAUUCUCAUGGUACAUUGAUCAAACACCAUGGGCAGAUUUUGGCCUUGAUUGUGCUGGCUUGCUUUUAACAUUACCUUUGACAUGGCUAAAGCCUUGAUGGCUAGGUAACAACAUUGUUACCUUGAACACAUUGGCUUAGGCUUAGUGUUAACACCUUAGCACCUGGCAUGAUUGGUUCUUAGUUAAAUGAUGAUGCCUUAGAUUUGUUUGGUGAAGGUGAAAACAAUUUUUGCCAAUUGAAGCCACAAAAGUUGCCUCACAAGUCCUGUCACUUUAAUCUCCAAAUUGUGUAUGUCUGACUGAUAUCUGAACUUGUAUUGUCUAUAACAUGUUGUAAGCUUUAUGUAGCUUUUCUAACAUGUAUCCAUUACAUAACUUUUCUGUUAGGUUUUUUCAUGGUUCAUCUUGUUUUGAAAUAUUAUUCUCUAGUUCCAAGUAGGUUAUAGGACAUACUACUUGAAUAUUAUUCACUGGCUAUACACAAAUAUAUAUGUACAUAUACAUUUAUAGUACUAUUUGACUUGCAUGACUUGUUUCAACAGGCAGAAUAAAGAUAGGAUAGGUAAGGGGGACAAAAGAGCUAAAAUGUUGCUACACAAUCAAACAGUAGUGGUCAUUGCCUUGAAAUUUGUUGCAAGUAAAUGUAUCUGUUGAACAUUGUUUGAAAUCUCGUCAAAGAUAUCUGAUUCGAUUAUUUUGUCUACGUUUUUUUUUUUAUUAUGACGUGUGUUUACACAGAAGUUCUGUGAUAGGUCAAAAUGUCAUUGAAUAAAAUAAUUUCAUCAUUUGAAAAAAA